GUUGAGUAAAUAGGAAGAGCAACAGAGGAGUCCCGGAAUGCUGUCGCAGAGCAAGGUCCUGGCCUUACUUCUGUGGUCAGAGUCCUUCAUUUCAACUUUUUAAAACAAAAUCAAAUUCCUUGGAGCCCAGGUUGACGGCUGCUGAGUACCUGACCAACCAAUAGCGAAUGGCGACCACUCUUGCUAGUUUUUUUGUGAAGAUCAGCUGCAAAGCGCGGAGGCGGACCCUUCCUGCACCCUGGGUCUGCUCUUUUGAUGUCUACUCUCAAGCGCCCCGCUCUGGCAGCCGCCGCCUGCAGUAGCCGGAACGUUUCUGAGCGGUCGCAGCGUGCGGCGGAAGGACUUUGGAAGCGUCCCCAGAGUGGCUGGGCGGGCCUUCCGGCACAGUCUUGUCCUGGCAGGACCGAUUAUUGAAUAAUAAAAUACAUUUAAAAAAAAAUGGAUGAAGAACCUGAAAGAACUAAACGAUGGGAAGGAGGCUAUGAAAGAACAUGGGAGAUCCUUAAAGAAGAUGAGUCUGGAUCACUUAAAGCUACAAUAGAAGACAUUCUGUUCAAGGCAAAGAGGAAAAGAGUAUUUGAGCACCAUGGACAAGUUCGACUUGGAAUGAUGCGCCACCUUUAUGUGGUAGUAGAUGGAUCAAGAACAAUGGAAGACCAAGAUUUAAAGCCCAAUAGACUGACUUGUACUUUAAAGUUGUUGGAAUACUUCGUAGAGGAAUAUUUUGAUCAGAAUCCUAUAAGUCAGAUUGGAAUAAUUGUAACUAAGAGCAAAAGAGCUGAAAAACUGACUGAACUCUCAGGAAACCCAAGGAAACACAUAGCAUCCCUGAAGAAAGCUGUAGAUAUGACCUGCCAUGGAGAACCAUCUCUUUAUAAUUCCUUAAGCAUAGCUAUGCAAACUCUAAAACACAUGCCUGGACAUACAAGUAGAGAAGUCCUAAUCAUCUUCAGCAGCCUUACAACUUGCGAUCCAUCUAAUAUUUAUGAUCUAAUCAAGACCCUAAAAGCAGCUAAAAUUAGAGUGUCUGUUAUUGGAUUGUCUGCGGAGGUUCGAGUUUGCACUGUACUUGCUCGAGAAACUGGUGGUAUGUAUCUAAUAUCUUCAAUAUUUAUUCAAAAUAACUAUAAGAAUUUGUUGGCUUUUUGAUAGGAGCAUUUUUAGGUUCCUAGUCCUGUUCUUUCCUUGGAAAAAGAAAGUGAUACGUUUUUCUUCUAUGAAGGAUUUCCUCAGCACACCAUUGCUUCUUUGUCUGAUCAAGAUGCAAAACCCUCUUUCAGCAUGGCGCAUUUGGAUAGUAAUACGGAGCCAGGGCUUACAUUAGGAGGCUAUUUCUGUCCACAGUGUCGGGCAAAGUACUGUGAGCUACCUGUCGAAUGUAAAAUCUGUGGUCUUACUUUGGUGUCUGCUCCACAUUUGGCACGGUCUUACCAUCAUUUAUUUCCUUUGGAUGCUUUUCAAGAAAUUCCCCUAGAAGAAUAUAAUGGAGAAAGAUUUUGUUAUGGAUGCCAGGGGGAAUUAAAAGACCAACACGUCUAUAUUUGCACUGUGUGCCAAAAUGUUUUCUGUGUGGACUGUGAUGUUUUUGUUCAUGAUUCUCUACACUGUUGUCCUGGCUGUAUUCAUAAGAUUCCAAGUCAUUCAGGUAUUUGAUUCCAGCAUGUAGUAGACAUUGUAUGUGUUAAAACGAAAAUUGUAACUGUAAAUAAAAUGAUUCUUUAGAAGAAGAUUCUUUUAAAACAUGAGUAACAAUUUAAGAAACUUUUUGUUAAGAAAAUACAGUAUUUUAUUAAGUAUUUUAUUUGUACCUUGUCACACAAAUGCCUGGAAUUCAACAGUACUUGAUUCAAUGUUGUUUUUUAUUAUUUCGAGUUAUAAUGUUUUCAAAGUCAUUAUGCAUUAUUAUAUAUAAAUUACUAUAAUGAUUAAAUUGAUGUGAUAAUAUUGUUUUAUAAUUAAAAUACAGAAUGUGAUUUAU